AGAACCAGAACUUGUAGUAAGAUCAGCGCAGUUGUUGUUACUUCAGAGCCGAUUGUGAUGGUUUCAGUAAUAGUUGUGCUUUUGUGUUACUUGCAUCUUUCUGCAAACCUUUACUUGCAUGACUGCUUUGGCUUUCCUGGCUUCUGUUGUGUUCUUGAGACCAUGCUUGCCCCUUUUUGCUUUGUUUCCUCCAUGCUACUGAAGUCCUGGGGCCAAAUCGAGAGCAACGUUUGCCUUUGUCUGAAGAAUAAAGAGACACUGGGUGUCCUGAAUGCUUGAAAGAGACAACGCGCCUUCUGAUCUGCGUUAACAACUCUGCCUGGUUCAGCUGGCUUAAUUGCUGUUAAAUUAAACAUGUAUCUUGCGGCGUAUAGACUGCAUCUGCCCACGGAGAGAGCAGGUGGCCGCGGGGCAUCCCGAGUCCCCAUGGAAGCGGCCAAGAGCGAGAGGAUGCUGCAGCGCCGGAGCAUGGCCGAGGAGGGAGCACGGCGGGGUCCCGGCGGUUCCCUCGGUAGCUUCACUUCACCUCCACCGCGAACGAGCUGAACUUUUCCCCUCUGCCCUGCGGGGGCCGUUGGGGAUUUUGUUUUUUCGGUUCCUUCCCCCGCGCGGGGGAUCCAGGGCGAGCCGACCCUGCCCAGCGCGGCCCCCCCGGGCGAGGGGCGGGCGGCAGGCGCUCAGCCGGGCGAGCGGCGCCUCGGGGCGGGGCCCAUGGAGAGCGGGAUGCCGCUGUCGGGCGGGCAGCGGGCGCUGGUCCGGGAGAGCUGGCGGCGGCUGAGCGGCAGCCCCGAGCGCCACGGCCGCGUCCUCUUCACCAGGUUGUUUGACUUGGACCCUGACCUGUUGCCCCUUUUCCAGUACAACUGCAAGCAGUUUGCCAGCCCUCAGGAGUGCCUCUCUGCUCCCGAGUUCCUGGACCACGUCAGGAAGGUGAUGUUGGUGAUCGAUGCUGCUGUAAGCCACCUGGAGAACUUUUCCUGCCUGGAAGAGUAUCUGUGCAACCUUGGCAAGAAGCAUCAGGCAGUUGGUGUGAAGGUGGAGUCUUUCUCGACUGUUGGCGAGUCCUUGCUGUAUAUGCUGGAGAAAUGCCUUGGCACUGCUUUCAGCCCGGAUGUGCAGGAGGCUUGGAGCAAACUCUACGGUGCUGUAGCAAAAGCCAUGCAGCGCGGCUGGGAGACACUCCCAGAAGGGGACUAGAUCCUCCCAGCCAUUCCAAUUCCUGACCACGCAGCAGUCCUGGGCAGGUGGAGUGCUCACACCAUGCUCUCUGCCUCUCUCCACCUGUGUCUUUCUCUGUGCACCAGCCUAUCGCCAUCCCCUCCAGUCACGUGUGCUUUGGGGCUCUCCCAGUGAUUCUGCCUUGCUUUGACACAGCCACAUCUCUGCCUUUGCUAAGGGCUGGCGGGGUAUGUCUCUGCAGUGAAGCCUAGGAGUGCUGCAGCACAGGUACGCUGCCCUGCCCCAAGUUCCUCUGGGCUAGCUAGAGCACCAACGCCCAUCUACCUAUUCUUUUUUUUAGCUGGCUCGUCUUCCUUCCUCUUGCUACACACCCUAGUUAGAUGACAACUAGCGUAGUCCUCUUGGGCUUAUUUGCCGGAGAUCCUGUUUGCCAUGCUGGAGACCUGCCAGAUCUGGCACCACUUGCUCCUCACUGUGUGUGGUUCAGCUGUGUAGGUAACGAUGGAUUUUAGCUCCCUCCUGGAGCAGGCGCAGCAGAGGUGGGAGCUGGCCAUGCUGUGUGGCCAUCCUUACCAAACCUUGUGGGGAGCUCUUUCCCUCUCUCCCCUCACCCACGCGUCAAUACCAGGUGGUUAAUCCUGAUGCUUUCUUCUGCCUUCCUCUCCCUAGGAUAGGAUCCAAGCAUUUUCUUUGUGUCCGGUUGGCCACAACUCUCUGUGUGUUUCCUAGGGGUGCUUCAAGCAGUGGGGUCAUGUUAAUCCCAAGGUGAGGCUGCUUUUAGCAGGUCUGGGCUGCCAGCUGAAAGGCUUUAUAUUGGCUUGGCCAGUUGCUUUAACCUCAGAGGCAGCUAAAAUGCAGCAGCAGUGAGGGCUUUUUACUGCUUUGUGUUAAGGAGAAUAAAGUAAAUACAAGGGAAAGAUAUCUUAAAAUAAAAAUGAAAGUUGCAAUCAUGUCAUGGUAACAGCUUCCAGAAAUCAUUCUGGCUCUUGGCCAGAGGAAGUGUAACUGGAAUUUCUCUACUGAUGCUGUCAGGACCUGGAGCACUUCCUAGCUGUACCCAGUGCCCAUCUGCAGAGCUCCUCACCCUUUAGUAAUCGCUCCCAAGUGUAUCUGAGACACAGCCACUUCAGAGCACAGUGAGGUGCCCUGUUAGGUGUGUGCAGCAGUGCUGUGUCAGAAUAGGAGUGACAAGACAGUAUCUGCUGGAUGAAUCCCAGGAAACAGCCAAGAGGCAGCACCUGAUGGCUCUGGGGGGGAGCUGAACUUGAGCACUUUGAAAGAGUUCAUCUUUAUGGGGAAGUCCUGUGGGACAGACAGAACUAUGUUUCGAGCCAUCACUAGCCCUAGGGCAAGGAUAUGGAGCAAGUCUUCAGUUACAGGCAGCACCCUUUAUUGCUGUUUCUUCAGGGCAGGAGGAGCCUGGCAUUGAGGGCUGAGACAAUCCUGUUGUAGAGACACAUUCCUUCUGUACUCAAAAGUCCUUUACUCUGAGGCAGGAGAGGGCUGCCUGCUCCUUGCAGCUGCAGCUGAGGUCUCCAAGCCCCAUGACAUGAAGGUGAUGCUGGGGUACCCUGUGAGAUGGGGCUCUGCUUCCCUGCCACCAAGUCUGGUGGUGCCCAUGGGUUUCCCAGGGCUUGCAGCAAGCAAGGAUCCCUCUAUCAGUGUUCAGGAGGGGAGCUGAAGGGUGAGGAACAAACAGUGACUAUCUCCAUAUAGGGUAGUUGCGGUUCUCCCCACAGUACUGGGCUCCACUCUGCAGUCCUGCAGCAUGGUGUUGUGCAUCCUGGCCCGUGGCUCUCUCCAUCAGCUGGGUCAGGUGAGGUCCUCUCCAUUCUCAUGCUGGGUAGUGAGGGAUGGAGGAGAUGGGGCUGGGGAGAGGCACUGUCUGUGACAGCAUGGUAUGAGCCAGGUGGGUUUGGUAAUGGGGACAUCCUCUUUGCAAUGCUCUUCUGGGGCAUCAGCCUUCAGCAGUAUGGGAGGUUCCUUCUGGCUCUAUGUGAUGAGUAGGCAGCUGUGUGAUGGGUGGGGUGUGGGUGUUACUGCCCCAAGUGAUCCUCACUCCUUGUAGCUUUCCCAGCUCGACUCCUGUACCACGUUUUGUGCAAAUCCCAAGAGAACUGAACUAGUCUGUGUGCCUCUUACACCCAGCUGUACUGUUUAAUAAAGGACAACAGUGUGUCUCAGC